GGCAGGUAUUUUACUGGUGGGGGGUGUUGUCUAGAAGUCGCCCUGUUGUAGUCAUUCACUUCCUUGUAGUACUGUGGUCAUACUGUGGACACAAUGGAGAAGUACCUUGGGGCUGCUGUCUUGUUUGUGAUCUUUCUUGGACACUGUUCAUGCAACUGUCCUGGUGGUACAUACGGGUACAACUGUGGUUACACAUGUAACUGUGACCAGGACAAGUGUAAUCCUACUUCCGGCUGCAGUCCGCCAAACUGUUCCCCAGGGUGGUCUGGUCCGACAUGUCAGAAACAUAACCUUGCGAGGGUGAAACCUACAUCAUCCAGUGGAGAAGGUCUUUACCCAUCAUCCCAAGCCACUGACGGAAACACUGCUGCAAACAGUUACGCUUUCUGUAUAGAGACAAAGGGCAGCAACCCCAACUGGUGGCGAGUGGAUCUCAAUGACACAGUGUUGAUACGUGACGUCACCAUCUACUUCAGAACUGACUAUACACCCAGAAGAAACGGCAUCCAGGUGUACCUCACCAACACCACCACCAUACCCAGCGGUCUCCUCUGCUACACUGUGACAGGAAGAGUAGAUGGGCCUGACAUCAACAACACCACAUCUUUCCCCUGUCACGGCAGAGGGCGCUACGUACUUUUGUACACAACUACAGCUAAUAAUAGGGAUACACAACCUAUAAUGGACUUUUGUGAGGUGGAGGUGAAUGCUUGUGAUCCGGGUACCUUUGGUGCUGACUGUGAGAACUACUGCCACUGUAAAGACGGCGUCUGUAACGACAUCACGGGGGUUUGUCCUCCAGGUGGAUGUCUGGCAGGCUGGAAGGGAACCAACUGCGAUGUCGAAUGUGUCGACAAUGUCGAGUACGGCCCUGACUGUAGAGGGGCGUGUUCUUCCCGGAUGUGCCAGGGAGAUGGGAGCACCUGUCCCCGGGACACAGGACGGUGUACAGAUGGAUGUCAGGCAGGAUGGAAGGGGAGGACUGCACUACAGCCUGUGUCCAAGGUGUGGAAUACGGGGUCAGGUGUCUCAAAACCUGCAGUACCCGGAUGUGCCAGGGAGAUGGGAGCACCUGUUCCCGGGAUACAGGACGGUGUGAUGGAGGAUGUCAGGCAGGAUGGAGGAGUGGACUGCAGGCAAGAGUGUACGCUAAACGUGAAUUAUGGACCCGGUUGUCAUGGUAACUGCAGUGCCCGGAAGUGUAAGGGGAGGUAUCGGGCACCCUGUCCCGGGAUACUGGGCGGUGUGGUGGAGGAUGUCAUCCAGGAUGGGAGGGAGUGGACUGUAUGUUGGAAUGUCAGUCGCGGACGUUUGGUGUCAACUGUUCCUCCACGUGUGGACAUUGUGUGGACGAUGAACCUUGUCACCCAUGUCACUGGAACCUGUCUCAAGGGCUGCAGUCCAGGCUGGGUCAGCAACACCUGUCAACAAGUGGUCAGCAGUUUACCUGGAAACUCAACGGGACGAAUAUCUCCUUUGGUAGCUGGAUUUAUUGGAGCCGUUGUGAUGUUGGUGUUGUUGGCUGUUGUUGCAGGUGCAGUGUGCUCAUGGAGGAAAGGAGACUUCAGGAUGGCAAAGACGUCAUCAAAAGAACCUGGCACCCCGCAGACAAGCCCGGCCCCACCUGUAGAAGUCUCAACAUAUGAUGUGCUGCCUGAACAUGACUACACCAAGCUGGACACGAUCCACACAGAGCAUUAUGACACAUUACAAACUACAGUUGAUUACCAGAACAGUGAUGUCCGUAUCUAGCCGCAAGGAUCCACACAGAACAUUAUGAGGCAUUACAGCCUACACUUAGUUAUCAGAACGGUGAUGUUCGUAUCUUGUUUGACAGGAUCCACACAGAGCAUUAUGACACAUUACAGCCUACAGUUAGUUACCAGAACAGUGAUGUCCGUAUCUUGUUUGACAGGAUCCACACAGAGCAUUAUGAGACAUUACAGCCUACAGUUGGUUACUAGAACAGUGAUGUCCGUAUCUUGUUUGACAGGAUCCACACAGAGCAUUAUGAGACAUUACAGCCUACAGUUAGUUACCAGAACAGUGAUGUCCGUAUCUAGCUUGGCGGGAUCAACACAGAGCAUUAUGAGACAUUACAGCCUACAGUUAGUUACCAGAACAGUGAUGUCCGUAUCUAGCUUGGCGGGAUCAACACAGAGCAUUAUGAGACAUUACAGCCUACAGUUAGUUACCAGAACAGUGAUGUCCGUAUCUAGCUUGGCGGGAUCAACACAGAGCAUUAUGAGACAUUACAGCCUACAGUUAGUUACCAAAACAGUGAUGUCCGUAUCUAGCUUGGCGGGAUCAACACAGAGCAUUAUGAGACAUUACAGCCUACAGUUAGUUACCAGAACAGUGAUGUCCGUAUCUAGCUUGGCGGGAUCAACACAGAGCAUUAUGAGACAUUACAGCCUACAGUUAGUUACCAGAACAGUGAUGUCCGUAUCUAGCUUGGCGGGAUCAACACAGAGCAUUAUGAGACAUUACAGCCUACAGUUAGUUACCAGAACAGUGGUGUCAGUAUCUAGCUUGGCGGGAUCAACACAGAGCAUUAUGAUACAUUACAGCCUACAGUUAGUUACCAGAACAGUGAUGUCCGUAUCUAGCUUGGCGGGAUCAACACAGAGCAUUAUGAUACAUUACAGCCUACAGUUAGUUACCAGAACAGUGAUGUCCGUAUCUAGCUUGGCGGGAUCAACACAGAGCAUUAUGAUACAUUACAGCCUACAGUUAGUUACCAGAACAGUGAUGUCCGUAUCUAGCUUGGCGGGAUCAACACAGAGCAUUAUGAGACAUUACAGCCUACAGUUAGUUACCAGAACAGUGAUGUCCGUAUCUAGCUGGACAGGAUCCUCACAGAGCAUUAUGAGACAUUGCUGCCUUCAGUACCCGCGUCCAGCAGGGUACAAUUUUGCAUUCUUCAUACAGCUGAAACCACACACCAGUUUGUACUAAAUUCUCCAUUUUCAAAAG